AUAAAAAUAAUUGUAGCUUUAUUAAAAUUGUAUUUAAAUGAUCAACUUUUCUAGCAUUUAUCUAUUAGUGUGCAAAGCUGUCAGAAAUAAUAUUCAGUUGCAUAUCUCUCUGCGUUUACUCGAAAUUAUUUAAAAUUAUUUAAAUAUCAGAAACCACAUUCUACAGUACUAUCAAUUAUAGGACAUUAAGAUAAAACUAUGGAUAAUUGAUUAGUGUUGAUUAUACGUUUUUUUACUUUUGUUACAUGUUCUUGCCAUGAGAAUUCGUGAUAUUGCAAAGAUAAUUGCGGUCGAUACCGAUAUAAAUAAUACAGGUAAAAGGAGGGUAUUUUUAAAUUUGUAUCCUCAUUAUUUAAGUAUGUUUCGCAUAUCUUGUGCAUGCGGCCUUGAGGGAGCGCGUCGAUUGCUUUUGUAUGCCACGAGAUACAUGAACAUGUAACACAGAAGCAUAAGCGAUGCGUGCUUCACUCGUGCGAGGCCGCGUCACGCGACGACUUAUGGACAACGCAGUCGGUUCGUGAACUCGCGCGAAUGCGCGCGUUGCAAAGUGCGAUCCGAUCUGAGCGAAUAAGGAGAACAGCGCAAGAAAAAAGAGGUGCACUUCGACUCCGCCGAGGAUUAAUAAUCUCAACGAAUGAUAGGUCCGCAGCACGGAUAAAAAUGGAGCGGUCCAAUAAAAAAAUUUGGAUUAUUUCAAUCGUCGGUACGGUGAUAACGCUUCUCGGUGUAAUCACUGGAUCGCUUUGGCCUGUGAUAUAUGACUGGGUUCUUUUCAAGGUAUUGAUGCUGUCGCCAUCAUCCGUAAGUUACAACAUGUGGAAGGAGACUCCUAUUCCGAUGUACUUCAAAUUUUACAUGUUCAAUUGGACUAAUGCGGAACUGUUUCGUGCUGGUGUGAAACCACAUUUCGAAGAGAUGGGACCCUAUGUCUUUCGAGAAAUUGAUUAUAAGGUAAAUGAGGUGUGGAAUGACAACGACGGAACGGUCACUUUCCAAAGGAAGAAAAUAUGGUUGUUUGAGGAGUCGCUAUCCAACGGUAGUCUUUCCGAUAAAGUAACCAACUUAAAUCCAAUCGCUGUGACUAUUGGCUACACCGUGCGAAAAAGGCCUGGCUACAUACGUGCACUGACAAACGGAUUCAUGGUACGUCUAGGAGAGAAAUUAAUGCUGACUAAAUCCGUACGUGAAUUGUUAUUUGAGGGGUACGACGAUACGUUGCUGCGAAUUGCGCGAAAAAUGAAUGCGACCAGAUUACCGUACACUAAAUUCGGAUGGUUUUACGCGAGAAAUGACUCGGAGACUUACGAUGGCACAUUCAACAUAUUCACUGGGUCAACUAAUUUUUAUAGCAUGGGAAUAUCUAAAGAAUGGAACUUUAAGAGCAGAACAGAUUUUUACGAAGGCUCGUGCGGUGCAAUAGAUGGAUCGCUUGGUGAUUUAUGGCCGCCUUUGCCGAAUAAUGACACCGUGUCUAUAUUUGUCCCCGAUAUUUGCACAUCUUUGAAAUUAUCAUUCGAUAAUACAACGCAAUUUCAAGAGCUAAUGGGAAACAAAUAUGUCGGAACUGAGGAAAUGUUAGACAAUGGCGAAAUGGUGCCAUCAAGACGAUGCUACUGUCCUAAUGGAGAUUGCGGACCCAGCGGCACCUUAAAUAUCUCAUCUUGUAAAUUUGGUGCACCGGCGUUCGUUAGUAUGCCGCACUUUUACCUGGCGGAUCCGAGCUACAGAGAUGCUAUAACGGGCAUGUCGCCCGAUAAAGAAAAACACGAGUUAUUAAUGGUCGUAGAACCGGUCACAGGUAUCCCGAUGCAAGUCAAGGCACAACUGCAAUUAAAUCUAUUGGUCGAACCAGUGGAGCAUAUGUCACUGUUCCAAAAUAUAAGCAAGGUUUACGUUCCUAUGCUGUGGUUCACUCAAGAAACUAAUUUAACUGCCAGUUACGCGAGUCAAGUUAAGCUACUCUUGACGCUUUCGACACUCGGUAGUGUAACGUGCUUCGGAAUAGCGGGCAUUGGAGUUUUAAUAUUCUUCAUCGGGCUGUUUACUUAUAUCCGACAGAAGUGGCGAGGAGAAGAAGGUCAGGUGUUACUAUCCAAAUAUGACGCCGACACUGUGAACAAAAGUGAGGCGUAGUAUUAUUUUCUCUUACGUGCCAUUGAUUUAGGAUAUUUUUACUUCCUUUUUUUUACUUUAUCGCCUCUACAAUUGCAUUCAGGCUUCCCUUUUUUAAUUUGAAAACAUUUGUAGAGCUGAGACAAGACUGUCUUAUUGUCUUAGAGAUACUUGAUUGGAAAACAGGUAAUCUAUUGUAAAAAGUACAAAAGUGCCUACUUUAGCUAUUAGCAUAGUUAUGGACCCAACAAGUAAUCGAUACCAAUAAUGUCAUUCAUGCAAUAGAUAAGCUGUAAAUGUUAAACUGAAAGACAUAAAAGACAAUUUAUUUCUACGUUAUGCAAGAUGUAUAACAUAAUAUAAAUAUAAAUUGAAUAUAUAGUUUUAUUCGAUAUUGAAAUCUAUGCUGUAACUGAUACGGGAAAAUAAUGUUCAAAUCAUCUUUCUGAUUAGACAUAUAACGUGUUAAAGCGCAAUAUAGAACGAUAUAUCCGUUACUAUCGCUAACACUUUCUGUACUAAAGAGGCUAGUUGUGUUUUAGAUAUUAAACAUUUAAUUUUUCUUUAAAAUAAAGGAUUGUGAUCAACGACUAUUCCGCUUGCUAUUUAAGCAGUAACGGCUACCAUUUUGAAAACCAUGCUGUUAAUAUUUCUGUCUUUUAUAUAUCAUAUGCAGAAUGCUUUAUAUAUAAUUACAUUUUCAAAUGUAUAUUUUGAAGUAAUCGAUAAAGUACAGUAUCUUUAAUUUUGAUUUGCAAAUUUUAAAACUAAGUAAACAGAUAUAGGCAUGUAUAUGUAUUUUAACGAUUAGAGAAGUAUGAACGAAAUUGUAUUAUUUUUAAUUAUAUUAUAAUUAUCU